AUGCCUCACGCGACCCAACAUCCAGCUCUUGCGCCCGCCGCACCUCCCACGAAAACAUUGGUUGCGCCGAAUGGUAAAGCUCGAUCUGACAGUUUUAUGAGCGUCCACGAAAGGAAAGACCUGCAACAAGCACAUGCACUGAACCCACUCGACCCAUUUGAAAUUGACGGCACACCUGUAAACGAGUGCUCGACUGCAGCACCAUCCGAACACGAUCUCGAAGAGCUGAGAUCCACCCUCACUGAAGCCAGGAAAACCAUGUAUGCUGCUAUGAAUAGAUAUAGCGACCUACACUGGAUCGGUGAGCUUCUUUACCAGCUCCCAAGCUCACCUCAGGUCUAUGCCGUUUCGGAAACACCAGUCGAGGAUUCAGAUUACCCAGCACAGAAGACUUUAGCGAAAGCGCCACGUCCGCCUCCUCCCAAACCAGAACCUCUCUCGCGUGAUGGCUUCAUUAAACUCCUGGAAGAUGAACACCUAACCUGGCUGCUCGAGCACUUAGACUCACUACCCGUUCUGGAUGACUAUGCAGCUGUAGCUACUGACGACCCUAAAAAGAAGCGCUGUAGGGUUGGUAAGCCCAUAGGUAAGAUUCUGAGAAAGGAUCAAACUGACGAUCUUGAGAGGAGGCUGUGCUGUUUACAUGCGACUGAAGGGGGCUUUGAUAAUCAAAUGAAGAUCAAGGGGGGGAAGAAACCAUGGAAGUGCUGGCCAAUUAAUGCCGAUGAGCCUGUGUUGGGGGAUGACGAGGAUGAGGAUGAAGAUGGUGAGUAG